GGUGAGAACUUAUUUAGAAAUAUAUUACAGACAAGUGACAAUAUACUACAAAAGAUAUGAACGAAGUAUACAACAAAAUACAAAGCAAUGAGUUUUCAACACCAAAUUCAGACACAAAUAUAAAUACAGAUAGAUUCGCGUUUGAAGAGCCUGCUGCAAUGCUCCCCAUUAAAGAUACCUCGAAAGCUAGUGAAGAACCGCGAGUUCUUCGUAGAAGCCAAAGGAUUAAGGACAAAAUGGAAAAAAAGAAGAUAAAAGCCAUGAUGAGCUAUUUGCAGAAUACCAAGGAUCCCCUCAAAUCUAAGACUAGUAGAUCCACAAGGCGUGUAACAACUACCAAGCGCAAGUGCAAAUCUGUAAAGUUGGUCCCAAAGUACUUUGAAUGCGUAAGUAUAAAUGGAAGGCUUUACAGACUGAAAGAUCUGACCGAUGCCAUGAAAAAGGUCAGUAUUAUGCAGAGGCUACAGCAUAAGCCGCCUAAAAAGAACCUAGGAACUGCCAGACCUCUUAAACCAGGACGUCCCAAGAAAACUACGAACAACUCUAUGGUUUUAGAUCCUUUAGAAGCUGAUGAGAAUACCUUGGGAACUACUAGAGCUCGUAGACCAGGACGUCCCAAGAAGAAAAGGAACAACUCGAUGGUUGGAGAUCUAGAAGAAUCUGAUGAGAAGAAAGAAAUGGCCGAAAAGAACGCCAACUUAAAUAGAAAGCGUUAUGGACAAAGGGAUACAUUGAAGGACGUGGAAUACAAGCCUCCCAGAUCCUAUCGAGUUGGAAAAUCCCAGAAGGAUUCUACGGCGACGAAUGAAAAACCAGAACUUCGUCGCUCUGAGCGCAUAAAAAAUCAAAAGGAAAGACUUUUGGCGUUGCCAGAGAAAGCAGAACUUGAGAAUCUAGGGAAGCGUAGACCUGAAAGCAGUCGACCCAACAAACAGGAUACUAAACUAAAUGAAAUUUCCGGCAACAUGGCUGUGGGUAUUGCUAUUCAAAAGAAGCAGCAAAAACAGAAACGCCAAAAUAGACGCAAAAUAUUGGGCACAGCAGGACGACCUCAAUUAGGGAAAUCUAAGAAGAAUUCGGGAAACAACAAGGCUGAAGAUUCACAAGAUGUAGUACCAACAUUAAGAGAUUCAAAAGUAGUUGAUUGGAAAAAAAUAGGGAUUCAGAAAGUGGUUCACGAACCUCCAAUAGUAUUACGUAGUAGUGCGCGGAUUGCAGAAAUCAAACGCAGAAAAGAAUUAGAAAGCAAUUUAAAAAAGAGUGAAGAAGAAUCAAAGCCGAGAAAGGUGCCCAAACCCAGAACCCAGGAGCCACCUGAGAACCUGGGACUUCUGACAUGUUUCAAAUGCAAAAACCCUAUUGUUCCCAAACCAUUUUCGACUACGUACAUGGAGUGUGCCGAAAUAAACGGAAGACUUUAUAAGCUUGGAGAUCUUUCAGAGGAUAUGAGUGUGGGUUGUUCUUUCCGGAAGAAACAGAAAAAGUCGCAGCAGCAAAAGAGUCGUAGGCUAUUGGGAACGAAGGGACCUAGUAGAGCAGCAGAAAUUGAGAAACCCCUACCCAAGGAUCUCAAGAGACUUAAUGGGAAACACAGAUAAAUGCAAGCCAUUAUGAACCAACCUUCUUAUAAUAUAAUAUUACAAAAUUGCUGUGAAAAAACAUUCAUCUUUCAGAUUUAUAUGUGUAUCUAAUACCUUUGUCAAUGCAAUGUAAAUUUAAUAAUUUCAAAUAUCAACAUAUAAAUCUUUAUAUUUCAUUUUAACCACAAAGAAA